AUGCCGACGAUCCUCCAAUACCUUGCUUAUCGCGGCGGCUUUAAUCCGGAAACAGGAGGCCCCUGUGACGUAAAGAACGCAAUGGCACCAUGCAACGUCCCUUGGGCCAAUGCAUCCGGCUCUGUCCCUGUCGCAUCCAUGACGCUCUACGUGCAGUCAAUCUCGUUCUCGAUCCAGUUCUUACUGUUUACCACGUUCGGCAGUCUGGCGGACUAUGGCCGAUGGAACCGAUAUAUUUUAUUGACAGCAACCGUCAUUGCUUGUGCAACACAGAUUGCUCCUGUGGCGCUCAUUAAUGAUGACGGGAGCCAUUGGAACGCCAUGAUGGCGAUUUAUGUGGUGGGCUUGAUAUCAUAUGGUACCACGCUCGUGUUUUAUGGCGCUGCAUUCCCUAUAUUGAGUGAUAAUCUGCCAGUUGUACGUCAAGCACGCACAAGCGCGCAAAUGUCGUUCCAAGAAACGCAGGCCGUGGUGGAGCGCUGGCGCAACCACGUCUCUGCCAUUUCUACUACCUGGUCUAAUAUUGGAUUUCUGAUCCUUACAGUGGCACUGUCGGGUGCAGCGUUUACUCCUUGGUAUCCGGAAAACAUACUAGGCGACGCACCAAUAUAUAAUUUCAUCGGUACAGCUGUGUGUGGUGCAUUUUGGGUUCUCAACGCGAUCCCUUACUUUAUGUUUCAGCCAUCCGGCAGACGAGGUCCCCCCUUACCGCCAGGAGAAAACCAUUGGACCAUUGGAUGGAAGUCCAUCAUCCAAGCGGUCAAGGAAGCAAGAAAACUACGAUACCUUUUCAUGUAUAUCUUUUCAUACUUUAUGUUCUCAGACGCAGUAUCGACUAUCAAUCAAAUGACUUCGAUCAUUACUGCCGAGGUGACCAACUUUUCUGCGCUGCAGGUUACGCUAUUGGGCCUUGUUACGUCCACCACAUCCAUCGUCGGCUGUGUAUUGUUUCUGUGCCUUUCUAAAACCUUCAACAUCAAGACUAAAACGAAUCUUUUGAUUAUUGUUGUUUUGACCUCGGUUGUCCCACUGUGGGGCUGCUUUGGUAUCGGCAUGGAUAACUUUGGCUUAAAGACAACGUGGGAGCUUUGGGCCCUAGCUGCUUGGUCCGGCUUGUUCACUGCACCCAUUUGGGCAUGGCAACAAACCAUGCUAGCGGAACUAGUUCCAAAGGGAAAGGAAAAUCUGUUUUUCGGUUUGUUUGGCGUUGUAAACAAAGCUUCUUCCUGGAUCGGACCUGUGGUUGUUGGUGCUAUCUCAGAGUCUUCUUCAAGCGUUUGGAUGGGCUGGCCUUUUGUACUCGGCUUAUUUGCAUUGGCCACAAUUAUUGUUCUUUUUAUCGAUGUAGAUGCAGCCAAGAAGGAGUUAGCCGAGUAUGAAAGAAACACUACAAUAAGUGGUGCUGAAAAUAUAAACGAAAAGAUUGGCCAGUACUCCUAA